GCUUGUGCAAAGCGUCCUAAGCUGACGUCAGCCCGGUACCGAUGAACAACCGGUAGCGUUGAAGCGAGCCGUAUGGUUGCCCGUUGUUUGUAGCUUUUGUCCGCUAGCCCCUCUGUCAAACGUGCAAACAUCAUGCCUUUCGAUGUCAGGAGAUUCGAUAUCUACAGGAAAGUGCCAAAGGAUCUCACCCAGCCUACAUACACAGGGGCUUUCAUUUCCAUUCUCUGCUGUGUCUUCAUACUGUUCCUGUUCCUGUCUGAGCUGACGGGAUUCAUAGCCACUGAAAUUGUAAAUGAACUGUAUGUGGAUGAUCCUGAUAAAGACAGUGGUGGGAAGAUAGAAGUGAGUUUAAACAUCAGUUUGCCAAACUUACACUGUGAUUUGGUGGGUUUGGACAUCCAGGAUGAGAUGGGCCGCCACGAGGUCGGUCACAUAGACAACUCAAUGAAGGUUUCUCUCAACCACGGUGAUGGCUGUCGCUUUGAGGGAGAGUUCACCAUCAACAAAGUACCAGGAAACUUCCACGUGUCGACACACAGCGCUACAGCGCAGCCCCAAAACCCUGACAUGACCCACACCAUCCACAAGCUGGCCUUUGGAGAAAAGCUCCAGGUACAAAAAGUACAAGGAGCCUUCAACGCGUUAGGAGGGGCUGACAGGCUGUCAUCUAAUCCGCUGGCCUCACAUGACUACAUACUGAAGAUCGUUCCAACAGUGUAUGAAGACCUAUCAGGCAGACAGAGGUUCUCCUACCAGUACACGGUAGCCAACAAGGAAUAUGUUGCUUACAGCCACACGGGCAGGAUCAUACCGGCUAUCUGGUUCCGAUACGACCUCAGUCCGAUCACAGUCAAGUACACCGAGAGGAGACAGCCCUUCUACCGCUUUAUCACAACAAUCUGUGCCAUCGUUGGCGGGACAUUCACAGUCGCAGGAAUCAUCGACUCCUGUAUAUUCACCGCUUCAGAGGCCUGGAAGAAGAUCCAGAUAGGAAAAAUGUCAUGAGGACUGUUCCCCUCCCCUCCUCACAACUUAUUUAUAAGUGCAAAGUUGCUAUCCUGUUAGCUAAAUCCAAUCCUGCUCAAACCAACUUCCUUUUGGAGACUAUCAUCGUGAACCAGCGAAGUGGCUCCGGCACUCGAUCUAACUAGCAGGCUACACGGCUGCGUCUCAGUUACUUAAGGUCCUCUCCUUUUGCUCUGGUGACGUGUGGACGCUGACUAUCACAUGUCCGCUUCCUCCGUUUUCAGUGUCAAGAGAGGAGAGCUCUUUUAUUACUGUGGGGAUUAUGUCUAAAUGUGUCAGGGUUCAACCAGUAUGGAUAUUUGAAGGCUAAACCUGUUUUUUUUUAAUUAAGUAAAAAAGAAUCUAAUAUUUGUGCUGAUAUUCAGUUUUUUGUUUUUUUUUUAAUCUGGCGCUAAAACCAUGUGUGAAAAAUCUCCAUAUAGGGACAAUUUCAAUUUAGAGUGAUAUACAGACAAAAAGACACAAGUCAGUGUUUAAAUUAAUUCAAAAAGGGAUCAGACAGGUCUAUUGUUCAACCUGUAUAUCUGUCUAACUGUGCUGGGUUUGUUUCUCCAAUACUGCCAAAAGAAAUGAUCAUUUGAAGGAAGUUUUCAGGUUUGUAUAGUGGGGCGCGAACUGGAUUCUAAUAGUAUUUCAGUAGUUCAUACUGUCCAUAAAGGUACAUUUUAUAUCAUGUGACACUAUUCUUUUCUUCAGCCAUCCAUUUUAUCUCCAGUAUUCUCCAGAAACUGUCUGCCUUUUUAGGUUUACCAUCAGCUCUCAGGCGUCUUGUCUUUCUCUUUCAGUGGCUGCCACUGAAACCUGAAUUUCCUGAAGUUUCUUUCAUGCAUGUUACGGUAAAUUUACUCUUUAGAGACUUUUUUUCCCAAUACAGUGAUCAUUGUUUACCUUUCAGUCCAUUUAUACCAAAUAUUUCAUCAGUGCUGUUAAAGGUCCUAGCUCUGACCUUUUCCUUUGCCUUUCAAUUAUUGCAUAAAAUAAAAUGAAUGUCUAAUUUUUCCCAACAGAUAACUUGAUUUGGUUAGGUUUGGUUUUUUUAAACACGGUACAUGAAUUUGUUUACUUCUUGUGUUUCCAUGAAGUUGUAAAUUGUCGGGAAGAUUUGGUUUUGUAAGGAGAGAACUUGUAGGCCGGGAUGUCUUUCCUCUUUGGUAAUAUUUUUCCCUUUAUACUGUAGUAUAAAAGACCUUUCUGAUCAAGGACGGUGAUGACUACAGUCCCUCGGAACUGGUCUUUCUGGUUUAUUUUCUUUUCUGUCUCAAAUUACUCUGUAAUGCUAUGUGUUCCUCAAGUAAAGGUGCCAUAGAAACCA